UGCCGUUGUUUAUUGUUUGUUGUUUAAUAUCUCUUCUUCUUCUUUCUUCACCAACCCCUUUUUAAAAACCCCCAUCACUUCUCCUCAUUUCCCCACAAACCUCUCCUCUCUUUUUUUCUCUCUCACCAAACCACAUUUUCUCUCGCACAAAGAUCGAAGCUUUAGCUAAGAAAACACAGAGAUGGACUCGGUUUCGAGCGCAAGGAGGCCCUGUUUCAUCGAGGAAGAUGAUGGGUUGGCCUCGCUGGCUGAUAUGGAAGCUGGGUUUUCCGGGAGUCAGCAGCAUCCCUUUUUUUCUAGGCCCAUGUGUUAUUCGAGGAAGGGGAGCUUUAGAAACCUAUCGGUGAUGGGGUCAAACUCGUCUCUGUCCCCGAGAUCUGGGAGGUUCUGGGAUGCCAGGUUUGAGGAGCACCAGCCUCAUUUCUUGGAGGCUUGUUUUCUCUGCAAGAAACCUCUUGGCGAUAACAGAGACAUCUUCAUGUACAGAGGUGACACUCCCUUCUGUAGUGAAGAGUGCAGAGGUGAGCAGAUAGAGAUAGAUGAAGCUAAUGAGAAGAACUGGAAUCUCUCGUCUUCCAUGAAAGCCUUGAGAAAGAGGGAGCAAAGGAAAUCCAGCUCCCCGAACACCGCAAAGGACUACCCUUUCCGGCCAGGCACAGUAGCAGCAGCUUAAAUCUCAUAGAAAAAUAAAAAAUAAGAAAAAAAGAAAGUUGAAAUCUGAGGUUGAUUUCUGUCCAAGAAAGUUUUAGGGCCAAGGAGAGAAGAGAGAUCUGAUGGAGAUUGAAGACCCGUUUUGAGGGCUUCAAAAUAUCUGACUAUAAAAUAUGUUUUUAUACAUGUGAAGAAGAAAGUGUGCAUGGUUUGGGGUGGGGGGUAUUAGGCUCUAUGAGAUGGCUCUUUUUUUGGGUUGUUUUCUUUUUUUCGCUUUGGUUUUUAGGUAACAGUAAUGAAUAUAAUAUAUAUGUAUGACAUUUUCCCAUCUGGUAAUGCAAGCCAAGGCUUCAGCUUUACGAUGGUGAAAAAAGAAAUGGAAAGAAAGAGAUUGUAAGAAAUGAAGUUCCUUUCUGAUUCCUGA